AUGUCUGUGAGCCACAGCGGCCGAGAUGCCACCGACUGCAGUGUCGAGCCUGAUCGGAGCAAAGUCAAAGGCAAGACUGCCAUCAUUACAGGGGGGGCCAAUGGAAUCGGGGCAGCUUAUGCCCAGGCUUUAGCCAGCGCAGGAGCUCAUGUCAUGAUUGGUGACCUCGACGACCGUCGCUCCGCCGAGAUAGCAUCUUCAUACCCAGGACAAAUCUGGACAUGGCAUUGUGAUGUGACCAGUUGGGACGAUCAGGCAAGGAUGUUCGAAGAGGCGCUUGCAAGGUCGCCAAGUGGUUGUAUUGAUAUCGUUGUGGCCAAUGCAGGAAUCAGUGGACAAGAUCCAGUUUUUGUUGAUGAUUCCUCCGCACAGGCACCACAGAAACCAGACCUCAAGAUAUUGGACAUCAAUCUCAUUGGCGUCUUUUACACGGUCAAGUUGGCUCUCUUCUACUUCCGCAAGCAAUUCAACGCGGCGGUGGCAGCAGGGAAUGAAAGGUCGGACUCUAGUCUUAUUCUACAGGGCAGCCUUGCCGGAUACGUUGAUCAGCCCGGUUCACCACAGUACAAUGCCUCCAAGUUUGGGCUUCGAGGUACGAUGAGGUGCUUGAGGAGAACGUCGCUGCAGCACGGCACCAGAGUCAACUACAUCGCUCCAUGGUACAUCAAGACUGAUAUCAUCAGUGAUGCCGUCGCGGAACGCAUCACUUCGAAAGGAGCCGUCUUCGCCUCUAUACAGGACGCGGCUGAAGCUCUUAUAAGGAUCGCUUCCGACACAAGUAUCUGUGGUCGAUCACUCGCGAUUGUUCCUCGCAUGUGGGCGCCUCGAGGAUACUUGGACGUGAACCACGACGACUACGAGGACGGCGACUUCCUCAAACAAUGGCAAGAAAUAGUCCUGAAAACUAGCCACAGACUGACGGGACCGCAAUAUCGCCAGCGUCAGAAAGGUUCCUACAACACCACUGUCACUCCGAUCGAUGGCCUGCUGGGAGACGCGCAGAGUGCAUCUGUAGACGGCCUGCAAGGGCAGCUGAGGCCCAAGCCCACAUCCGCCGACCAAGCUCACUCUGUUUUUGAGACAGCAACAAGACAGCCGGACGCAUUGGUUGGCGGCGACUAUGGCGUACGAAACCACGGGCUCCAGAACACGGUGUGUGACCAGAACGAGGCUCAUCGCGAUCUUAACGAUCUUCCAACGGUCGCCUCGGUCUCGUCAGGAGCAAGGUCUUCAAGUGGCGGUGCUCCCACCACUGCCAAUGCUUUCGAGAACAAUGUUUGGAGCGGUCCUCUCGAGGCCGUCAGACACACCUCUGAGAGUCACUCUGCAGUCUCUUUGGGAGCGGCAACGCUUGGAGAUUCUGCUCAACCGAGGACAGCCUCGACAACAAAAAGCAAACCCCGGAGAUACUUUGUGUAUUCUGGCGACACCCUUUCCCACUCUUUCCUGCCUCAUAUGGCCGGACAUCGACGUUUCAAAAGGAUCAGCCGUCUUGUACCAGAAACGCGACAGUCGACCAGCAUGAGUCUCUCCAACGAGCCAUUUCCUGUCGCUACAUGUCCAUCACACUGGUGGGAACCGAAAAUGCUCCAGUCCACUAGCAGCGGAGAUACCGUCUUUGGCCACUUGAAUUCGGUGGACACGUUUUACCUUACUAGGCUCAAGAAUGUUCUCUAUUUCCCGGAGAUCUCUGUUGCACGCAUGUUUUUUCUCGCAUUUAGAGACCACGUACUGCCUACCUGUCCCGUUAUCGACAGAUACGAAUUGACCGAGAUCUACGAAAAUUUCACCAACGGGCAUGUCACAUAUCCCAUGCUUUUGCACUCGAUUUUCUUUUCAUCAUCACAAUAUGUCUCCCAGGAUUCACUGACACGCGCGGGGUUUGACUCACUCCACGAGGCCAAGGCAUAUUUUUACGAACGCGCGACCUUGCUCUACGCAUUGAACUGCGAAUACGACCAGCUCAAGAUCAUCCAAACUCUUUUAUUUGUUAGUAUGUGGUGGUCCGACUUCAGCGAGGAAAAGGGGACCAAAUACUGGAUCUCGUGUGCCUCGAACCUGGCGCUAGCCAUCGGACUGCAUAAGGCUGUGCCCGCCGCAGCACGUCUAAGUCAACAGGAUCGAUCAAUGUGGCGCAGAAUCCUCUGGACUGUCUACAGCAGGGACUGCAACGCCUCAGUUGCCAUGGGCCGUCCCAUCACGAUCAACAGCAAGGAAAUCGAUGUUGAAGAGCUGAGUGAUGCAGACUUCUACGAAAGGCCGGAUGAAUGUCCCCUCGGCCAGUCCCCUGACCCAGGGGCGCAAGCUCUGGUGGAAUUCACCGAAUACUCACCGGCCCAAAUCUUUUACGCCAUCAAGACCGCUCGCCAGGCCGCUCUACUCGACCGAACGAUCAUGAUCGAUUUGGAUUACGCUCUCGGCAGCGACGAGGCGAUUAGAGAUCUGUAUCAAUGCCAACAAGAAAUCACAGUCCUGCGAACGGAGCUAUGUAGCUACAUCACCAGCCAGUCUGAUGCGGGGGCGAAAAAUGGAAAGUCCGUCCCUACCCAGAUGCGUUGGAUCACGUUUCUGCAGCUGAGCACUGAACGGACCUUGUCGAUUGCCUGUCGCUACCUGCGAAGACACAUUGAAAACCGUCAAGCUUGGGAUGCUGCUUUCUCGCACAGUCUGUCUGAGGUCCGGGCGGAAAUGGUCCGAGCAGCUGCCAGGACGCUGAAUUUAUAUGAAGAGCUCCUGCAUUCUGAUUGCCUGAGAUAUUCUCCCAACUUUUUGAACACACCCAUCUUUGGGGCCAUGGUAACGUACGCCGAAAUCAUCAAAGAAGCCCGAGAUAAAGGCCGGGUCGACAGGAUUGCAACCAAUAAGUACGAGCUUGGGACCAUGAUUUUGGAGGAGAUGGAAUCAUUUUGGCCUGCCUCAGCUUGGGCGUGCUCUUUGUUCAAGAUCUUGGCCGAAAAGGAUUUCUUACCUCUCCGAAUACUGCCACAUGCUUCGCGGUGGCAAAGCCCUGACCCCGGGGGUGAAGAAGUCGGGACUGGCUUCAACCAGGAUGGUCCCCCCACUGAGAAAUCGGCCUUCGACUGUGAUCCGCUGCAGGACAUGAACUUCUUCCUGAACUUCAACGCCGGCGGUAACCUCGAGACUGUGUUUUCUGACGACCUCUUUGACCCACAGACGUGGUAUGCGGCGACACAGGCCACUCAGUAACAAAACUUACGAUCCCAGCUGGAAGGUUAUGUUCCGCCUUGCUGCUUUCGCUAUUCAAUAGCUUUUCUGUCAGCCAGUCUAUAGUGUAAGAAUUGU